CUCCUCUGAACAGAGAUGGCAGAAAUCAAUUCUCCUGUAAAUAUCAAGGAGAAGAUCAAUGCAAUCCGAUCAAUUGUUCCGAACAAAAGCAAUAAUGAGAUAGUACUGGUGUUGCAGCAAUUUGAUAACAAUGUAGACAAGGCUGUUCAAGCUUUCAUGGAUGGCAGCGCAGCUCAGGUUUUAAAGGAAUGGAAUAUGACAGGGAAAAAGAAGAACAAUAGGAGAAAAAGAAGCAAAUCUAAACAGCACCAAGGCAAUAAAGAUCCUAAAAGCAAGAAUAGUGAUCCUGAGAAGGCAUCUCAAGAGCCUCAGCGAAUAAAUGACUGUCAUAUGGAUGUCACAGGAUGCCCUAAGGACAACUCUGGCCGUGGUUCUGCCAAUCAGAAGCUGGAAACCACUCCUCUUGAGAACAAAGGCUCUGGAUUUGUAGGGUCAGCACUGGACUGUCCUGAAAUCAAAGACAGAGAACGAGAACGCCAGAGAGUUUCUGUGGAAUUAAACCCAAAGACUGUGAAUGGAGUAGAACAGCAUGAGCCCCUUCAGUCAUCAGUUCAACUCCAGUGUAACCUAGGCAGGCCAAAGUCAAAAUCUUCCUCAGUUAAAUCACCCAAUGCGUCAACCCAACUUGAAACAAAGACAGAUGAUUCAGUCAAAAAAAGAGGGCCAAACAUUGAAAAGUCAGUAAAAGACUUGCAGCGUUGCACUGUUUCUCUAACCAGAUACCGUGUGAUGAUCAAAGAGGAAGUGGAUAAUUCAGUGAAGAAGAUCAAAGCUGCUUUUGCAGAAUUACACAGCUGCAUCGUAGACAAAGAAGUGUCAUUAAUGGCAGAAAUUGAUAAAGUUAAAGAAGAAGCCAUGGAAAUCCUGACUGCUCGUCAGAAGAAAGCAGAGGAGCUGAAGAGACUGGCAGACCUAGCCAGUCAGAUGGCUGAAGCACAACUCUCUGAACUCAGGGCUGAAAUUAAGCACUUUGUGAGUGAACGGAAAUAUGAUGAAGAGCUGGGCAGGUCUGCCCGAUUUUCCUGUGAUACAGAGCAGCUCAAGACCCAGAUUCAGCAAUGUGGAGAAAUUUCUCACCCAAAGAACAACUAUUCCUCCAGAACACCGUGUAGUUUAGUGCUGUCUUCAAUGACCUCGCAUGCAACAACUAGCAAGCAAAAUAUGCACAAUCGAAAGUCCUCUAGUAAUGCCAAGAACUCUGAUAAUAAAACAGCCAGCAGUAAAGUACAAAGUUAUCCUUCCAAUCCUACAGAAUCUUCUUCUCAAGGAGUCCCCACAAAUAAGCAGAAUGGGCCUUCUAGCCAGAGACGAAGAUUCAACCCACAGCACCAAAAUGCGCGGCUCAAUGGAUCUCACAAGUCACAAGGUGCCAGUAAUGAGGCAGAUCAAAAUACAAAGAGUGGUUCCAGGUCUGAGCACAGAAGACAGCAACAUAACAGCUUUCGAUCUAAAAAUAAAGGAGCUAUGAAAAAUCAAGAGCAGUCUACAACUGCAAGGACCACAGAGAAUCCGGCGCAUUCGGAGAAGUCCCGACGGAAGCAUCACACGCCAGACACGGCAGAGCACAGGCCUUUCCAAAGCAGCGUUGGCAGGGUGUCACAAUGCAAUUUAUGUCCUGCAAGGAUGGAGGUCUCUGCUGAUGCCACUGUUCUUUCAGUGCCAGCUGUGACUUUGGUUGCUUAAAAUGUCACAGUGAUGGCAGGCAGAGAAAUUCAAUCUCUUCAUUUUAGUUUAUUGCUUGAAAAGCUUGUUGGUGAAGAAAGUAAGUCAGAACGUAGUCUUUUAAAUCUUUUGCUGCUCAAACUUGUUGGUAUCUUUAUUACUUACUAAUUACCAAAAUUAAAUCAUACUUUCAAGUCUUUCCCCAAUAUGUUCACAUUUAUUUUGUCAUGACUGUACGGAAUCUUACCAAAGCAGCAUUUACUUCUUAGAAAAAUGAAAUCUAGGUUGGAAAGAUAAAUUGAUAAUUAAAUUCAUAAUAGCAAAAAACCUGUUGUAGAUAUGUGGUUUUACCAGUCAACAUUGUUAUUUCAUAGAACAGCCUGUGUUAGAAGGAUCCCAGGAAGUUUGUAUGCUGUGGUCUGCAAUGAAAUCAAAUAAUCUUGUAGAAUUUUUCAGCAAAUCUCUAUACACCUCUUUCUUUCUGUGCGUGUAUACACGUACAUGCAUGCACACUGUAUACACAGAGAGUAUUGUUCUAGAUGAGAAGAGUUGAAAAAGCAAUUUGUUUGAUUUUAGCUUAUUAUUCCAUAAUCUGAGAUCUUUAAAUUCAAGUAUAAAUUGUAUUAAAUGUAUUACAUAUUGGUAUUUUUCAUGGACAGACUAUUUUUAUGAGGCUGAGGAAAUAUGCUCAUUUAAGUUUGGAAUGUAUAUAGUAAUGGCUAUUGAGAUGCACAGCCCUGUUCUCCAUCCUUAUCAGCCACUUUUCUAUGACUAGUUGGAUUUAUUUUUUGCAUAUGAAAAGUUGCAGCUCUUCUAGACUUGAAUUCAAAUUAUUUUUCUAUAUUUUUGCUGU